UGUUAUCAACGAAUACACCCUGUCACUAACGUUGAAUAAUAACUUUCCGGAGGGUGUUAACCACAUACUUAGAUUAAAAAAUAUUGACCUUUCGUAGUUUAUAUUGACUCCUACUGUAGAAUACAUUUCGUAAUAUUUUUUACAGGCCAAAACAAGCAAACUUCAUUUUCAUUGUUUAUGACUUCCGAUAAGACACCUUUCGUUUUCGAUGGACGUUUGAAGCGUGAAAUGGAACUCGUAAACGACCCACAGCAAGUUGGACCAAGUGUUUUGGGAAGUAUAAACGACGACGCACAUGAAAUAUCGGCAUUUCAACGUUCAGGAAGCCGAUUUGAUUCACAAGAGCAAUAUGCCUUCCAGGAAGCUUGCAUUUAUUUAGAAAAAGGAGUGGCAAAUGAGAAAUACCAUGAAUUCCAUGAUCAUCUUGACUCACGCUUUGUGUGUUAUCUUAUUGUUCACACAACCUUGUAUAAAGUUCUUGAUGUUAUUUCAUCUUUCAUAUUACUGGCUCUGGCAACCAUUGAACCUCCUGCAAUGCUUGGGAUGGAUGUCCCAAUUUGGUUGCAUGGUGCUCUAGAGAUAUCUUGUCUUCUGAUCUUAGUUCUUCUUUUUGCUAUCAAAAUAAAAUGGCAAGGAAUCCAGUACUCCAAAAAGCACAGGCGAACUUUGUUCAAGUUGAUUUUAAUAAUAACAAUGACAAUUGAGGUUAUUGUUGUUUUGAGUCGUGAGAACUCGCAUGUCAGAGUCACAAGAGCUUUGCGGCCACUGUUCCUUCUUGAUACGUAUUACUUUGGUAGGGUUCGAAGAGUCUUUAGAGAUAUAUUAAGAUCAAUGCCUCCAGUGUUGGAUAUCUUUGGUCUUCUGUUGUUUUUUAUGGUCAUAUUUUCCAUACUUGGUUUUUACUUCUUUUCAACAAAUGAGAACGACCCAAACUUCACUACAAUUCAAAGAAGUUUCAUCAGUCUCUUUGUUCUUGUGACAACAGCAAAUUAUCCUGAUGUAAUGAUGCCAGCUUUCAAUCACCAUAAAGGAUCUGUGUUUUUCUUCGUCAUAUAUCUUUCUGUCGCUUUGUAUUUUUUCAUGAACCUGCUUUUGGCCACUGUUUACUCCACUUUUACUGCCAAAAAUAUCUCGAAAUUCAAAAAGCUUUAUAUUCACAAGCGAGAGGGUUCAACGCUGGCCUAUAACAAAAUCAAUGACCCAGCGAAUGAUGGUAUCGAUUUUACAAAGUUUCGAAAACUAAUGAAAGCGUACAAACCAAGGAUGACGUCAUUGGAAAAAGUCAUAACGUUCAAGUUUCUUGAUCAAAGGAGAUCUGGACGGAUUAACUUGGAAGAAUUUCACAAUAUUUAUGGUGCUACGGAACUUUCCUGGCGUCGGUGCACUGAUGGCGAAUGGUUUUACGAUUGGAAUUUCCCAGCCCCAAUUCGUAAAUUGUUACGAGCAAUCCAUUUAUUGGUGACAAAAUCACACGAGAAGUCUUUCUGUUCAUAUUUUGAUAUCUUCAUUUAUGUCAUAAUUUUUAUCAAUGGCUGCACAGUUUCGUAUGAGGUGAUUGAUCAAUCUGCCAUGGCUCCUUCGGAUCGAUCUUUAGAUUCUGUUCCUUGGUUUUCACAUGUUUUCACAGCAGUUUACGUGUCAGAAGCCGUUUUAAAACUGCUUGCUUUGGGAAUUAACGGCUAUUUCGACUCCUACUGGAAUUGGUAGGUUUUGCUUUGUUUAAAUACAGGAGCUUUGGUCGGGUGUAAUUUCGCUAUUUAUCUUCGACCAACCAGACUACUGUUAUUAUUCAAAUUGAAGAAAAGUUAUAGGGUCGUGUUUGAUACUUUGAGAAUAUUGUUUGCAAGUUUGAUCAAUUUGGGAAUCGUCAUUGUUCUUUUUUAUUAUUUCUUUGCAAUCAUUGGAAUCGAAGCGUUUAGUGGCACCAAUCUUAAAUCGUGUUGCAGGAAUUUAUCAAUCCAAGAUGCGUACGAAGAGAAUGGGUAUUAUUACCUAAACAACUUCAACGGGUUUUUUCACUCUUACGUUACUCUUUUUGAAUUGACUGUUAUCAACAAUUGGCAUGUGAUAAUGGAAGGAUUUGCAGUGGCAACAAACGAAUGGAGUAGAAUAUUCUUCAUGAUUUUUUACGUCGUUAUUUUGGUCGUCACGACAAUCGUUGUCACUUUUAUUUUGGAUGCGUUUGUUUUCACGAUUAAAUUGCAAAAGAAAAAGAAAAACAAUGAAAAGGACACGCACAAGGUUUUACAUGAAACUUAUCUCACAAAGGAGGAAUUGCGGCAAAUUAAUCCACGGCUUGUGCGUCCCGACGAUGCAGAAAGAAUUAUAUUUAUCGGUGAACGCGUUAUAACCCGUGAUGAUCUCGUGGAGGAAAUGCACAGAGAUGAACUAGAGACCUUGCGUCGAGACUACGACAACACGCUAGAGCGAUCCCAUCAAACCCUGCAGGUAAACCUAUCAAUAAACUCUGACCGCUAUGAAUUACAUGAUCAUUCGACUGUCUCUAGUCAGGAGGAAGACACGUGACCAAUAAUGAACCAAUCCCGUUUUUCACAAAUGAAGCUGCUGUUAAUUAUGUGGGUAUAUUUUAAAAAAGAUAGUAGCGAAUCGGUUUCAAUAAAACGAUCCAAUGCAGUACUUAAUGUAAUUCGAUAUGAGCUAGAAUAUAUUUGUGCAUAAGAUAGAUUUGCGCUAGUAUUUAUAAUGUAGAUCCGUUCCAUUGUAUAUGAUUUUGUAUAGACCCUAAUUAUGGUGCUUUUUUAACGCGAUCCUAAUGCCCAGUAAUGAUUUUUUGAAUAUGCGUUAGCAUGGCUACACUUUAUUCAUUUUAUUCAUUUUGAGCAUAUGUCAUGUCGACACUGGCCAAAAUCGCUAUUUUUAAUUAACAAGAGAUAUAUGAAUAUUUUUAUAUUUAAAAGAAACUUGGAUAUUCUAAGUCUAACACAAAUCAUACUCGUAUACAACGAUAUUUUGUAAAGAAAUAUAUGGGUUUGUUGAUGCAUAGUUUAUUUAGUAUUUGAAAAUUCACGCCGUAAAGUUAAAAGCUAUGAGUUGAAACUUGAAAGCUUCGAGUUUCACCUCAAUUUGCAAAGCUUAUUAACUGACACCUGUUGCAUUGAAUAUAAAUGAGGCAUGCUUUGUGUCUCGGAUCCACAGCUGAAAACCUAAGCAAUAUGGAACUACGCCAGCUAGACAGAUGUCAAGUGCAUGCACGUGUUUAUCGACACUAUUUGGCACAGCAAAUGAUUUUAAAACAGUCCAAACUCGUUUAUAAUUAAACCACUUCUUCAAUUUAGCUCUGAAGCUUGUUUUUUAGACUAAUCGUCUAAAAGAUUUCUCAACGAACUCAAACUUUCAAAGGGUCGAAAUAGGUCAACCAAGUUCGGAAUUAAUUCGUUCAUCUUAUUAUUAUUCUAUUCUUAAGUAGUUUUUAUUGUCAAAUAGAACUGUUGAUUCGAAAUAAGUUGCCUCAGCUACAGAGCAGAUAAACUGGUGGUAAUCGCGCACUUGACCCCCUAAAGACGACAUUAGAGACUAUUCUCUUUAGUUUAGAUCACGAAAAAUAUUAAAAAAUUGAACCUUUUUUAUUGUAAUUGGGAAAGAUUGAUCUUUCUUGAGAAUAUAAACAAUUUGUAUCGCCGCAGUUAAGGAUGUUGAGCUUGUGUGACAGAGAGUUACAAAAUGAUUGAGUUAAAACACUCUUUGCCGCAAAACACCUCGAAUUAUUGAGGUCUGUAUUUUUCAUGUUAUUGGACGAGAACUCCACAAGGGUUUUCGCCAAUUUCCUGGACUUAAUCCUUGCACAU